AUGGAUGAACUUGCAUUAGUUGUGAUUGAAGUUUCAAAAGAAAACAAUGAAACUAAGGAGAAGCUCAGCUCUACCCAAUCCGAGCUCAAAGAUGCAAGAGAAGAAGUCGAAGGAUUAAAGAAGGCGUUGAAGAAUACUGAGGAUAUGUUUCAAGGGAUGUUGGAUGAAGUCAAGAAAGAAAGAGACAGGCUUAAAGAUGAAGCUGAAAGGCUGAAAAUUGAAGCUGACGAAUCGAUAUCGUCUUCCAAUGAAAGAGAACUUGGGUUUGUCAACUGCAUCAAGAGGGCUGAAGAAGAGAGUAAUGCCUUAAAAAGAGAGAAAAUUAAACUGGAAGAAUCAGCGAAAUCCGCGGAAAGUAUAGCACUGAAAACAAGGGAUGAGAAUUGCAAGCUAAGGGACAUACUGAAGCAAGCCAUAAAUGAGUCGACAGUUGCAAAGGAAGGUGCAGAGAUUGCUCGAGCCGAAAACACCAAUUUAAAAGACGAACUAUUGGAGAAAGAUUAUAUCUUGCAGAGUCUUGCUAAAGAAAACGAGGCCCUUAGAAUCAAGGAAGCUGCAGCACAUGAGAAUAUCAGGGAGUUGAAGAGGUUGUUAAACUCUUCUGCAUCAUCGACAAUGGAAACGAAGACGACGGAGGAGAAACAACAUCUUGGAGAAGUACUGAAAGAAGUACAAAACUCAAACUCUGUCCUUAAGGAACAUUCAUAUAGUAAGAAACUAACUGAAGUUCUUUCUGUGAAACUAGAGGAAGUGAAAGCCCCACAUAGCAACUACCACAAGACCACCAUGGAUGUAGAAGAGGACCCUGAAAAGGAAGAAAUGCUCAAAGGUUCGAUAUUCGACGUGGCGGAUUCACCAGUUGCACCACCAAACCAUAACCACCACCAUAAAACGCCACCUUCGAAAACACCACCUUCGAGAACACCGUCCUCGACUUUUGUGGAUGACGGAGAAAUGUUAACCCUGGAAGAUUUAGAGAAUCUAGAUGGGAGUCAACUCGAUGAUAUGGACGGCGAUAGGAGCUCACAGAGAAAGAAGAAAGCGCUGUUACGGCGAUUUGGUGAUCUUAUUAGGAAAACUAGCUUCCACAGGAGGGAACCAUCCAUUGGUUAA